AUGGCCACUAUGCAGUUGCGGAGGACAGCUACCAUGAGUGCAUUGGUAUUUCCCAAUAAGAUAUCAACUGAGCAUCAGUCUUUAAUGUUUGUGAAGAGACUCCUAGCUGUUUCAGUAUCCUGCAUCACCUAUUUGAGAGGAAUAUUUCCAGAACGUGCUUAUGGGACAAGAUAUCUGGAUGAUCUCUGUGUCAAAAUUCUGAAAGAAGAUAAAAACUGUCCAGGUUCUUCACAGCUAGUGAAGUGGAUGCUAGGAUGCUAUGAUGCUUUACAGAAGAAAUAUCUAAGGAUGAUCAUUCUAGCUGUAUACACCAAUCCAGAAGAUCCUCAGACAAUUUCAGAAUGUUACCAGUUUAAAUUCAAGUACACCAAAAAUGGACCAAUCAUGGACUUUAUAAGCAAAAAUCAAAACAAUCAAUCCAGUACAACAUCUGCUGACACCAAGAAAGCAAGUAUUCUCCUCAUUCGGAAGAUUUAUGUCCUAAUGCAAAAUUUAGGACCAUUACCUAAUGAUGUUUGUCUGACCAUGAAACUUUUUUACUAUGAUGAAGUUACACCCCCAGGUUACCAACCACCAGGUUUUAAGGAUGGUGAUUGUGAAGGAGUAAUAUUUGAUGGGGACCCUACAUACUUAAAUGUGGGAGAAGUCCCAACACCUUUUCACACCUUCAGAUUAAAAGUGACCACUGAGAAGGAACGAAUGGAAAAUAUUGAUUCAGCCAUACUAACACCAAAACAAUCAAAAAUACCAUUUCAAAAAAUUCUAAUGGACAAAGAUGAUGUAGAAGAUGAAAAUCAUAAUAGUUUUGACAUUAAAACUAAAAUGAACGAACAGAAUGAAAACUCUGGAGCUUCUGAAAUCAAAGAACCAAAUUUAGAUUGUAAGGAAGAAGAAAUUAUGCAAUUCAAAAAGAGCCAAAGUCCUUCAAUUUCUCAUUGUCAGGUUGAACAGUUAGUCAGUAAAACGUCUGAACUUGAUGUAUCUGAAAGCAAAACAAGAAGUGGAAAAAUCUUUCAGAGUAAAAUGGCAAAUGGAAAUCAACAAGCACAAACUUCUAAAGAAAACCGGAAGAGAAGUCUUCGUCAAUCUGGGAAAACAGUCCUUCACGUCUUGGACUCUAGUCAAGAAUCAGUGCUGAAGAGAAGGAGAGUUAGUGAACCGAAGGAACAUACCUAA